AUGAAACAAGAUUAUUUAAUUUAUCCUUCUAUGAUUGGGGCUCAACCCGGAGUGAUCUGGUCAUAUGAUAAUCCAACAGCAGUAUCAACUUUCGAUGAUGAUCAUCCUCUAAAUGUUUCAGCUGCUAAAUGUCAUGAUUUAUCAAUAUGUCUUUGGUAUAUAUCGCCUCUGAUCAUAUUCAGUAGUUCAACGAAAUAUGCUCUGCUUGGUGAAUGGAAUAAAUGGACAGCUAUAAGCUCUCAACGGAUUAUAGGCAUAGACAAUUUUAUCGGAAGCAAUUUCGCACUGAUAACUGUCUAUGGUUUAGUUAGUGAAGUCGUUCCAAUCCUGGUUUUUCAUUCUAACUUAUCAAUCGUCAAUGUAACUUGUCGAAUGCACCCUGAUGAGGGUGAAGCUCAACUUGUUAUUGAUGAUCGUAGGGUCGGUUGCUAUUAA